UCCGAGCUCUUGUCUUGUGGUACCCUCCUGCUUACCCCAGCGUCAACAUGAAAAGCACAGCUGUUCUUCUUGUCUUCGCCCUGUUCGCAGGGGCUAUGGCAGGCGACCUCCUGUUUGGCGAUGGAUUCUACGGGCCUGGGACUCGUCUUGGUCUCGGGAUCUUCGGCAAGGGUGUUGGAUACGGCUAUGGCAAGGGCUACGGUUACGGCGGAUACGGUUAUGGUCCAUUCUACGGUCGUGGAUACGGAAAGGGCUACCCUGGAUACGGAAAGGGCUACCCUGGAUACGGAAAGGGCUACCCUCUGUACGGAAAGGGUUAUGGAGGAUACGCCCCUGGAUACUACGGAAAAGGCGGCUUUUUGGGGUAUCCCGUGUAUUAGAGCGAAUGGCACGUGCACUGAGCGUCUGUGCGGUGCCCAGUUUGUCCGGCUUUCUUCCGAAUAAACGAGGUGUAUGAAUACUUUU